AUGGCGCCGCAGGAACCCGAUGCUAUGAACACAGCGCAGCCUGAUCACAGAAGCCCUGGCUCCACAGCAGCACUGCUCACCCCGCCGGAGGGAUAUGCUGCCAGUCUGCAGAGCCGCCAUCCAGAGCUCCUGCCUGUCCUCCCAGCGCACCCUGCCCGGCGUCAGCAGCCUACACCUCCGCCAACUGAACCUCUCCAGAGGGACCGGACAGUACAUCUCCCCCUUAAAGUGACUGCUCUGCAGAGGAACUUCAUUGAGGCAGAGGUUCUAACGGGAUGUGGCGCAGUUAAUUCAAACAAGUUGCUCAUGCUAUUUCUGAGAGGCAAGAAGGUAGUUAAUGACCCCUUACUGCCCCUGGCAGAUGACACUCAGGAUAAUGUCUACUGUUACGAUGAAGAAGGCGGUGGGGAGGAGGACCAGUAUUUUGAUCUGGCCCAACUUCACCGCGGUCUCGAUGCCCGUCCAGAUGUCAUGCGUAACGAUGUUGCCCCAACACUGAUGUCGGCUCCCCAGUACCGGCUGCACCCACCCAAUCCGGAUGAGAUUGGGAACUUCAUUGAAGAGUACCGGAAUGCAGCUGAUAACGACCCCACUGCUCCCCCAUACAACUCCAACCUCGUGUUUGACUGUGAAGGCAGUGGAUCAGAUGUCGCCUUCCUCAGCUCCUUGAACUCCUCAAACUCUGAUGCUGAUCAGGAUUACAGCAGUCUGCAAUCCUGGGGAACCCGGCUUAACAAAUUGACAGACAUGUAUGGAGGAGGCGAGGACUAG